CGAUCUCGAAUCCGAACGGCGAACAGUCGUCCGGAGACGUUAGUGGGACCUCCGUCGCGUUAUACAUAUAUUAUAUUUUUAGACUAGGCCCUAGACACACGCUUAAUCAUGUCUGACGAAGAAGAAGUGUACACUGAUUCCGAAGAGGAAACGCAACCGGAGCCUGAAAAAAGCAAAGAUGGAGAUGGAGAUCCCGAAUUCGUUAAGAGGCAAGAAUUAAAAUCUUCAGCCUUAGACGAGCAGCUUAAAGAGUACAUUCAAGAAUGGCGCAAACAGCGGUCAAAGGAAGAAGACGACUUGAAAAAGUUGAAGGAAAAACAGGCCAAGCGCAAGGUUAUGCGAGCGGAAGAAGAGAAAAGAAUGGCCGAGAGAAAGAAGCAAGAAGAAGAACGCAGACAGAGAGAAGUCGAGGAAAAGAAACAGAAAGACAUCGAAGAAAAACGUAAACGCUUAGAAGAGGCCGAGAAAAAACGGCAAGCUAUGAUGGCUGCUCUUAAGGAACAAACCAACAAAUCAAAAGGACCCAACUUCACCAUCAGCAAAAAAGAAGGCGCAUUGAGUAUGACAUCUGCCCAACUUGAACGCAACAAAACCAGAGAACAGAUCGAAGAAGAAAAGAAAAUAUCGUUGAGCUUCAGAAUCAAACCAUUGAACAUCGAAGGAUUCUCUGUGCAAAAACUCCAAUUCAAAGCCACCGAACUCUGGGACCAGAUCAUCAAGCUGGAAACAGAAAAGUACGAUUUGGAGGAAAGACAGAAGAGACAAGAUUACGACUUGAAAGAGUUGAAAGAACGUCAGAAGCAACAACUCCGCCACAAGGCUUUGAAGAAGGGUCUCGACCCUGAAGCCCUUACCGGCAAAUACCCACCCAAGAUCCAAGUCGCUUCCAAGUACGAGAGGCGAGUGGAUACGAGGUCUUAUGAUGACAAAAAGAAACUGUUCGAAGGAGGUUAUAUGGAAACCACUAAAGAAUCGAUGGAAAAACAAUGGACAGAAAAAAGUGACCAAUUCGGUGGCCGCGCUAAGGGACGGUUACCGAAAUGGUUCGGCGAACGUCCGGGUAAGAAGAAGGAUGACCCAGACACACCCGAAGAAGAAGAGCUCAAGAAAAACGAGGAAGACGAAGAACCGUUUGGCCUCGACGACGAAGAAGCUGAAGAAGAAGUCGAAGAGGAAGAAGAGGAGGAAGAAGAAGAGGAAGAGGAGGAAGAAGAGGAGGAAGAGGAAGAAGAAGAGGAAGAGGAAGAAGAAGAGGAAGAAUAAUAACUAUAAUUCCGCAAUUAAAAAAUAUCUGAAAGACCAAUAUUUCAAAAAAAAAAAAAAUCACGAAUGAAAUGAAUUUAACUUAUAUACUUCUGCCUCAAUGUAAAAAAUAUAUAUUAAAUGAAAAUUGUACCAUUUAAAUACUGUUUGUUUGUACAGGACAAAAGAUUAACAAUAAACAUUUGAGGAUGAAGUUUAUAGAUUA